AUGUCGUACUGGGAACUAGUUGUCCAAGAUGGCGGACGCAAGUGGAGGAGAGACACAAGAAAAGGAUAUUUUGGAGAAUUUGAACGCCUUUCUGUCAGGGUGUGGGGAGAGCAAGCCGCCUUCAACUGUGAGCAGCAUUGAUAAGAUACAAUGCGCUAUAGUUUUGCUUCAGUCCCUUCCGUGUGCCAGGCAUGCUGUAUUGGAGCAGCUUUGUGGAGCGUUCCACGAAUCGAUGAACAAAUUUAUGGUCGAAAUGGAAAGAAAAGCACAACUUGGAGGGUCUGGGAGUUUACCAGAAGUUGUAGAUGCAGACCUUGACAAUGCUUUACAUAGUAUCUGUGAUGUUGUGAGUGAAUUUGUCAAUACCAAUCCAUCAUCAUGGGCUCUACUUAUUUGUGAGUGGUGUCUGAACUUGCUUGGUGACUUGAUAUCCAAAUUCGACCAAAAAAGAGGUGUCAGUCUCACAUUGUCAUUCAGUGAGGGCUUUCAUAAGUGGAUGCUGUUUCCUCCAGUUCARAUGUUGAUGGGAAUAGGCACAUUGUGUUGCUCAAAACUUGUGGUUACUGAUCCAGAUAACUGUAUGGAAGCACUAUURCAAAUCUCCAUGAAGUACUCACCACACCUUGAUUGGGUUGUUGCACAUAUUGUAUCCCACUUUCACGAUAUUAUUAUCAAGAAACUUCUAAACACUGCCUUGAGAGACUAUGCUAAGACUCUGGGAGAUGAGAGUGAAGAAAAGUCUUUAUUAGUCUCAACUAUUGUCCAAGUCUUGGGGUAUUUGUCUAUCCAAUUUGCAGCUGAAAUUAAGACAAAUCUUUUGGCUUUGUUUCAUGCAAGUCUUGCACAAGAAACAAAGGGUGACAAGGACAAAAGAGAACAGCUAGCCACAAUACCAUUUCUUCUACACAUUGCAUCUCUGUCUCCUGAGCUGCUCAAGGGAACUUUAACUGACUUUGUGGAAGUCUUAUCUCCUGGUGUACUAGUACAACUCUAUGACCAGUCAAUUCUCAGGUCAACUGUUUAUCAUAAGCAGUCAAGCUUAAUCCCAGCACUUGUGGAUAUUAUAACCAACAUAGAAACAGGAGCUUACACUAUAUUCUGUUUUAUACUGGAUAACUGUACCCCUCAAGAAGACCAAGAUAAGAUGGACAUACCUACUGCCAAUCUUGAAGUUCAAAAAGCAUGUUCCUAUGUAAUGGAAGGUUUAUUGAUGAAGCUACAGGAUGUGAUCAGCCAGAGACAUAAACUKUUUACUCAAAAAGCWGCCAUUGCACCACUUGUCUCCACYUCUACAGAGAGUGCAUUUUUACUGGAGAUGUCUUCAUAUGCUGUUCAACUUACUAAACUAUUGCUCCAAGCCCAGGGCAAAAGGCUUGGAUGGAUUUUCCGUAUGCUGGUUCUUGUUUGUGUCCACAGUGGAGAAACCACAGCAAUACAGAUUUUGAAUUUCAUCUUARCCCAUAGUAAAACCAAUGAAUCUUUGAAUCUUUUUGUACAAAUGCAAUGUGAAGUAGAGUUUUAUUAUCCCCAUGUGUUGCAAGAAACUACUAAGAAAUGCUUSAUGUCAGUGAACUGUUCCAGUGCAACUGCCAAGCCUUUGAUGGUGAAGAAUAUUCUUGACAAUAUACAUCAGCUUAUCUUAGCAGAGAAAAAUGGAGUAUUCCAAGCUCCAAGGUGUCAAAUCACAGAUAUGCUACUAGUACACACUGCAAACCUAAUCCCUCUCCUUAGCCACUCCAACAAUCCCGUAGCGUCCAAAACACUGUCACUGUUACUAGCAUAUGAACAGGACAUCUUCCCUACAGUAUCGUUGAAAAACAACAUUUGCAGAAAUGUUACUUCAUUUCUGUUCAAACAGCUCAGAGAAUUGGUGGAAGUAGAAACAUGUUCUUCAGAUAUAAUGGAAAGAAUCAAACUUUGCACAAAGAUGCUAACAAGAUUAUCAAAAGAUGAAGACUGUAGAUUGUUACUGAUAAGAAUUCUAGUUGAAAGUACUCUUGAAAAGGAGAAUAUCCAGUUGUUGGGUGCAAAGCCACAAGAAAAAGACAAAAGCAAAAUWCAGCAAAGUAAUCAAGCCUCGCURCUYGAGUACAACCAGAAUCCCCAUAUUUCCUCACGACUAGCGCUCAGUCCCUCAUCACUGUUUUUUACUGGGGUGAUUGGGAACAAGAACAGAAAUGGAAUUCCUAAAAAACAAGAUGACAAACCAAGUCAGGCAUGGUUACCAAGCAGUCAGGUCUACAUGGAUACGUUGGUAACCCUKUGUAGGAGUGACACUGCUGAAGAAAGUCAUAUUAUAACAUCAAACACAGAUCAAGUGGCUUUGCUUCUGAUGGAAAUGGUUUGUCCUGAGAUGGUGCUGUAUACUGGAGAAUGGCCAGAUGAAGAAACACUUAAGUUCAAUGUUGAAAGGGAUCUUAGAAUACGAAACACGUUUGACAGGAACCCAGUCUUAUGGUGGCUACUCCUGCUUGUGUCUCAAGGAGCGUCAUCGUUGUGUAAAUGUGCUCCAUUGUUGUCGAGCUUACUUGCUACCGUGAUGUCCAGCUGGGAAGUAUGUCGUGACAAAAUGGUAACGCAAUCUUCAGAACUCUUCCGUGACACGCAGUACAUUAUGCAAGUGAUGGUGGAGAGUGACUGGCUGCCCGCGCCUCUGUCACGCAUUGGUGGCGUUCUUCAUCUUUUAUCCCCCAAAGAAAUAUUCGCAGUUAUCAAUACGAUGUGGAAAGUACUGAAGGAAUGCCCGCCACAGGUGAACCCUCARAAUGACGAGCUGCGGUGGAAGCAAGGUUCAGUUAUCGUUCAAAAAGAAGUCAUCAAAGCUAUAUUCAUCAACAAUAUCUCCACGCUGGGACAGCAUUAUGCUCGAGUAUUUCAAAACUCGUGAAAUAUCGUUACGAAAGUCUCACGAUUGCAUCGUCGUUCC